ACUAAUACUGAAAAUUUUUUGCUAAAAAUACUAUAAAUAAGGUAAAAAUUUCCUGCCUUCAUGGCCCAAAAAACCUGUUCUUCUUCAUCCUCAUCCAACCAAGCAUGGAGUUACGAUGUCUUUGUCAGUUUCCGUGGCAAAGAUACCCACUAUAAGUUUACCGACCACCUAUUUGCCGCGUUGGACCGGAGCGGGAUUCACAGCUUUGAAGAUAACAGAAAGCUUGAGAGAGGGAAAGAUAUCUGGACCGAGCUAGAGAAGGCAAUACAGAAGUCCAGGAUUGCUGUUAUAGUCUUUUCGGAAAACUAUGCUGAUUCGAGAUGGUGUCUCGAAGAGCUGGGGAAGAUCAUGGAAUGCAAACGGAAUCUGCAACAAAUUGUGCUGCCCGUUUUCUACGAGGUUGAUCCUUCCCACCUUCGAAAUCAGAAGGGGAGUUUAGAGAAAGCGUUUGUCAGGCAUGAGAAGCGUUUUGGGGUAGGCAAGGUGGACAGGUGGAGGGCUGCUUUGAUUGAGGCCGCAAGCUUGUCUGGCUGGGACUCGCAAAAUCUUGCACAUCGUUCUGAGUCAAAAUUUAUAGAAGAAAUUAUUGAAUACAUUGUCAGCAAACUAAAUGAGAUGACACACCUUACUGUUGCACCCUAUCCAGUUGGGAUUGAGUCUCGAGUGCAGGAACUCAAUAAGCUGUUAAGUAGUAGUUCAAGUGAAGUUUGCAUGGUUGGAAUUUGGGGGAUUGGCGGCAUUGGCAAAACAACAAUUGCCAAAGCCAUAUAUAACCAACUACAAAGAAACUUUGAUGGAAGUUGCUUUCUUGCAAACGUAGGAGGAGAUUCUAAGCACCCAAAAGGUCUGAUUCAUUUACAGGAGAAAAUUCUCUCUAGCAUCCAUGCAAAUGACAAUAGAAAAAUUACACUUGUUGAUCAAGGAACUACGGUUUUGAAAGAUAGAGCAUGGUGUAAAAGGGUUCUUCUUGUUCUUGAUAAUGUGGAUCACCAGGACCAAUUAGAUAAACUGGCCAUUAGGCGAAGUUAUUUUCAACCAGGAAGUAUAAUUAUCAUUACAACAAGAGAUAAGUCUAUGCUCAAAUUGGCUAAGGUGGAUGAGUCUAAGAUAUAUAUGCCACCGACAUUGGAUUACCAUGAGUCUAUUAAGCUCUUCAGUUGGCAUGCAUUUGAAAAAGACCAUCCUAAUGAAGAUUAUGCAGAGUUGUCAGAGCAAGUAAUAGGUUAUGCUAGAGGGCUUCCAUUGGUACUUAAAGUUUUGGGUUCCAAUUUGUCUGACAAGAGCAUAGAUGAAUGGGAAGGUACAUUGGAAACAUUAAAAGUAAUACCUGACAAAGAAAUUCAAGAGAAGCUUAUGGUGAGUUUUAAUUCACUAUGUGACACACAGAAAGAGUUGUUUCUAGAUCUUGCAUGCUUCAUUGUUGGAAUGAAAAAAAAGUAUGCUUUCAAAAUACUCCGAGACUCAUAUUCAGGCCUUAAAAGUGAUCUAGGGGUUUUGGCCCGUCAAUGUCUUGUAGCAAUUGAUUGCUCGAAUCGGUUGACAAUGCAUGAUAUGAUUAGAGACAUGGGUAGAGAAGUUGCCCGCAAAGAACGCAGCCGACUAUGGAAUCAUGAGGAUGUCCUUGAUGUAUUGGAACAUGACAAGGAAAGAAAAUUAGUUAAAGGCAUCAUGCUAAAUUGUCCUGGGGUUCACGAUUUGCAAGUUGAUGCCAAAGCCUUUUCGAAGAUGCAUCAGCUAAGAGUGCUUCAACUAAAUUAUGCACGCUUGAAGGGGAACUUCCAAUGUCCUUCCAAGAAGCUAAGAUAUCUAGAAUGGUAUGGGUUCCCUAUAGAAUCCAUACCAGCGGACUUGUACUUGGAAAAUCUUGUUGCUCUUUACAUGCCCUAUAGUAGCUUGAUAGAACUUUGGACAGGAACCAAGAUUCUGAAAAAGUUGAAAUUUCUUGAUGUCAGUCAUUCCUAUCACCUAAGGAGAACACCAGAUUUCUCAGGCAUAGAUAAUCUGGAGGUGCUGCUUCUUAAUAAUUGUACUAAUUUGGUCGAGGUUCACGAGUCUGUUAUCGAUCUCAGCAAGCUAGUUACUUUGGAUCUUAAAGACCGUAAAAACCUUUGGAAGCUUCCCCUAGGUAUUUACAAUUUAAAGUCUCGUGUAAACCUUUCUGGCUGCACAAAGCUAGACAUGGUACCGAGCUUUGGAUUCAAAUCGCCAUUAACAAUAUUUUAUUCACUCCGUAUAUCUUCUGAAGUUCCAUUGGGAAGUGUCGGUUUUAUCAGAAAGCUUUUAACGCAGAAGGGAAAGCGAAGGCGCUUGGAGAGUGCAGUAACUCAUCAUCCUUUUCAUUCACAACCACCGGAACUAAUUCGACCGAAUCUUGCAUGCUGUGAAAAUCUCUCCCAGCUUUCCUUCGAAAUUUGUCAGGAUCUGGAGCUUAUUUUUGCUAGAAAAAUCAGCAAAAGCAGUUCAAUUCUGAAUUUUCAACCGGGUAGCAAAAUGAGACAGAUCAUCCUGAAGUUCCAGCACGACAUGGAGUUUCCUCUCCCAGCUGGUAUUGACAUUUCCAAGGGGCUUCCUCCACCAGUUAAUGACAAUGUUGAGGUUCGUGUAAUCCCACAUGCUUUUCUGGAAACUUUCUAUCAUCUACGUAAUUUAUUGUCCCUAGUACUUGGUGAUGGCUCAAACCAGUUGAAGCAUUAUGCAAACAUGAAUCCUAUCUAAAUGAAUUAUAGUAGAUUAGUAAAAGAAUCAAUACCAGAAUGGUGGGGAUUAAAAGAACUAGAAGA